AAUGUAACGCCAAUUCGCCAUUUUUAUGCCACUGGAAGCCAUUUUUCAAUAUCAGUUGUUAAAAUUUACGCGUUUGUAAUUUUGUACUGUAUCUGUGAACUUAAUUUUGUUAUUUUUUUACUUAUAAACAGUGUAUCUUGAUUUUGAUAACCAUGAGUAACACAACAUCAACACCGCUCUUUGCUUGUUCGCGUUGUUUCUCAAGACACCCUUUCGAGGAAUUAUCAACUGGGGAACAACUUUGUAAGGAAUGUCGCGGAUCUUUCCCUGUCGUCAAGUGCACGUACUGCCGUUCUGAGUUUCAACAGACAAGCAAAUCGAAUACAUCAUCGAUUUGUAAGAAGUGUGAGGCCAACGUGAAAGCUUACGGCAAGCCUACAGCCUGUGAAUAUUGCAACAUCAUCGCUGCAUUUAUUGGUAACAAAUGCCAACGGUGUGCUAACUCUGAGCGCAAGUACGGGCCAGCGGUCACCUGUGAGCAGUGCAAACAGCGCUGCGCUUUUGACCGCCAUGAUGAUAGCAAAAAGGUUGACGGUAAGCUCUUAUGUUGGCUGUGCACCCAGUCUCUCAAACGGGCAUUGGCCAGGACCAAGCAGCAUAUGUCGUCUGUGGACAAACAUAAGCAUAGGGGACACAAGUCCAGGAGUGGCCACAAGGAGAAACGCAAGUCAGACAUGAUGAAGUCGAUGAACUCCAAUGACUCUUCGCUGAAUGACUCGCAGCCAUCGGAGAAGAAAUCUAAGAUGAACCCGUUGCAAGUUAUAUUUCGCUCCAUAGGUGAACUGGACCCCAACAGUUCUGACCAUGUGGUAGCAAUGACGCAGCUCAAGGAGACGAUUGCCAGCCUACAGAAGAAAGUACAACAGAAGGACAAUGAGUUACUUGCCAAAGAUAAAUUGAUCACGGAACUUAAAGCCCAGCACCUAAACAACACACAGGAUCUACGGAACGAGAUGAAGAACAAGGAGCGGCUGAAUGAGACCAAGUUUAACCUAAUGAACACUAAAAUACAGAAUCUGCUCAAAGAAGUCGCGACACUAAGCAAGUCCGCUAAAAAAAACAAUAAGAACACAAAGAUCGCGCUAGCCAAUACAGAAAAUAGCGGCAGUGGAACCGACAGCCCGAGCACCAACUAGAACAAUUUUCAACCCUAACCCUUUCAUUUCUAGGUAUAUUAUUACUCGACAAAAACAAUGGAAAAAUACUUUCCUCUUAUUUUUUUACUCUACAAAUGGUUUUAUUUGUAGAAUUUUUAUAAUCAUAAGCGUAAGUAGGUUUCAAUUUAACGACAUGAUAGUUUUUAAUUUAUUACGCAAACUUGAUAAAGUUUUUACCGUUUUAUCUAAAGUACAUUAAUUAAUUAAUUUAUCCUGUAGCGUCAUAUUGUUACGUGUAUAAACUGAUGCGGGUUUAAAAGGUAUUAAGUCUAUGACUACUCAGUUAACAAAGAGAUAUGAUGAUAAUUUGGAGAUUAUUUUUUGUAUAAUUUGUCUUCAGUAUCUGUGUGUCUAAACUGAACAGUUUUUCAAAGUAAACCUUUAAUGUUGAACUACAUAGAAUAGUGCACAACAAUCUAACGUGUAGGUUAUUCUUAUGUUUCCUAGGAUUGUAAUAGUCUAAAUUUAUUAAAUCUGUAUCAUAUCGCAUUUUUUAUUUUUGUAUCAAUUCUCUUGUUAUUAUUUUUUAAGUAGUUGUACAGUCUUGUGACAAUGAAAGUAGUGUAUACCUAAUAGGUAGAUCAGUUUGUAUUCACGAAUACGUUUUUAAAUAAAGAACUACGUUAUCGGAGUAAGUAUUCGAUGUAAAAUAAAUUAUGAAAAUAAAUAAAAAAAAAGAAAUGUGUGUCGAAUUAAAUUAUUAUAAAUUAUGUUAGUCCGAUAGAAAAGAGGUUUGAUGUAAGUGAGAUAUUGUGUAUUGAUGUUAAAUGUGAGCUGUUUUAUUUGUACACGAAUGUUCGCCUCUUUGAUGGUGCGUUCACAUUAUUGUGGUAGUGUUGGUACCCCAUACACCGUGUUUCAAUGUGCACGCACCAUACUGUGAUCAAAUCCCGGACUGAAGUAAAUCUGUCAUAUCAGUGUUAACAAUAAUUAUGAUUUAUUAUGCAACGUUUGAUUCGAAUUGGUUUAAGUAUGUGUGAGAGAUAUAGGUUAACAAUAAUAAUACGACACACUAAUAAAACAUUAAAUAAGACUAUCAGUGUUACUUUUGUAAAAUUGGAAUUAAACGGCAAUACUAUAAAAAAGAAACUGAUAUAGCGAGGCCAUCGCGAUAGUUACUUAAUAUCUUGUUAUAGCUAAAAAUGAAACUGGAUGUUUUUAAAAAAAGACCUUAUUUUGUUAAGAGUACAAUUGAUUUUUGGCUAUGAUCCUCGAGCUAAGGCGACAUGGAUAUUGUAAAGAUCACAAUUUUAAAAUAUAGCUGUAAGAUGUUUUGUAAACAUUGUUUUGUGAUUAUUUUCUAAUCAAACUUAAUGUUUUACCACGUGACGCACACUUGACUAUAAAACAUGUAAAUACUAAAAAAUAUAAUGUUAAGCCAAUGUUUGUAAAUCAAAAAGUAUUGUGAUUCAAUGAGAGUUAUCGUUUUUUGGUUUGUACAAGAAGUGGAAACGAGGGAUAAUUCGAUAAAAGCAAGAUCAAUAUCGAAUAGUCCACAAGGCGUCCUCUGCUUAAGAUAGGCCUUCCCCAAGACUUCAAAUAAAGAUUCUUUAAUUGUAAUGUGUUAGGAGGACGUACAUGACUUAAAACUACAUCAACGCCAUCUAGGAAGAACAAAAACGACAGCUCUCAUUGGCAAAAGUUAUUGUAAACGAAUAUUUGAAACAUAUUCUCAAAUUGUCUGUAUAACUAUCUUUUGAUAUUUGUACCUAACCUAUGUUAUAGUUAAGCAGCCAUAGAUGAUAAAUACGUUGAUUUUCUUUUAUUUCUAGUCUAUAAAGCUGCUUGGCUAUAACGGCCACAUCUUCGCUUCGCCGUCCUGGCAGUAAGCGGGUUGGUGGCCAAACGCAGACUUAUCAAUUUAAAAAAAACGUGUACAUUUGAAAUGUUAUCUAAGCUGUAAGAAUAAAUGUCAUCUAAUUAUUUAUUACCUUUCCACUACUAAAAUUGUGUCGAAUAGUUCUGGAGGUAAUAUUUGAAAUUACUGUAGAACAAUUUUAUCAUAAGCUAUGCAGACUUUGUUUUGUUAUUGUGUACAAAUAUUUAAAUUCCAUUGUAAAAUAAAAUCGAUUACUAUCAACAUCAGUACACUUAGUACGAGUUUGCUUUAUGUUUAAAGUAAUCGAAACGAGAGCGCGUUCGGCGCUCUGAUUGGGCGGCUCAAAUAAACCAACCAAUCAAAGCGUCGAACGCGCUCUCGUUUCAUUUCGUUUCCUUUAAACAUAAAGCAAACUCAUACUAAGGGUACGGUAAUGUUCUAAUUGUAAGUUGUCACGUGUGUCUAAAUAUUAAGGAUAGAUAUAAACUAGUUAACAAAAUCUUAAAAAUAUAUUACGAAAACAAACUUCUCGAUGCUGUGGAACAAAUAUUCCAAUAGAGUUACGACCUGAAAAAAUAAGUAUACUUGUUAGUGAAAAAUGAAUGAAAUAAAGUGUAAAAUUAAA